AUGGCGUCUUUACUGCUGAAUCUAUCUCUGUAUCAGCCAACUUUGAAAUGUAAACAAUGUUCAUACGUUAAAACCAUUGUUCCGCACCGAUAUGACGCGGACAAUCCGAACGAACUUCCAUGGCCUGUUGGUCUAUAUAUGGGUCCGCACGACCAAAUUUUUAUUGUCGAUAAAAUGCGUGAUCGAGUACUUCUGAUGGCUGCUCAGGAGGACGUCUACUCAAACGCUAUAGCUGGAGAUACUGAAAACAGCAAAAUUUAUGAUCGACUAUUCUGUCCCACCAACCCUUGA